GCCGAGAAAACGUGUACUCGACCUUUCAGAGAUUAUUGCAAGUGUUGUUGAAAUUUUUCGAAAGUUUGGGGGUCGUACUUUAAAUUUUACAGAUGUUUGUUUGAAAUUAUGGAAGAAAAAACCAAUGAACUGCUUUUUAAAGACAUCGAUGCAGAUGACGAACCACAAACCAAUGCAGUGGAAAGUUUGUGCAUGAAUUGCCAUGAAAACGGAACAACUCGAAUACUUCUCACAAGAAUACCAUUCUUUAGAGAAGUUGUUCUGAUGUCAUUUGAAUGUCCUCACUGCGGUUACGCCAAUAAUGAAAUCCAGUCUGCAGGAAGAAUUCAAGAUAUGGGAUGCAACAUUAUUUUUUAAUUUCUGUGUUAACAGGAUUUGAACAGACAGGUAGUCAAAUCAGAUUCUGCAUCAUUUACCAUUCCAGAGUUGGAGUUUGAGAGUCCUGCUUUUUCCCAGAAAGGAGAACUUACCACCAUCGAAGGACUUUUAGGACGUGCCAUCACUGCUUUGGAGCAAGAUCAGCCAGUUAGAAGGAUCAUGGAUCUUGACAAUGCAGUGAAAAUUGAUGAUUUUGUGGCGCAGUUGACAAAAUGCCGCGAUGGAAACCGGAAGUUCACCCUUCACCUGGAUGAUUCAUCUGGCAACAGUUUCAUCGAAAAUCCACAUGCCCCUAAAGAAGAUCCACAGAUGACCAUGGUGUAUUAUCGCAGAAACGCAGAACAGAACGCCCAACUAGGACUUCAGCCAGCCAGUCAAACAGAGGAGAAACAGGAAGAGGAAGAAGAGGAAGAGCAAACAAAUGUAAAUGACGAGGUGUUAAAUUUUCCAACAAAUUGUCCUUCGUGUAAUGCACCUACAGAAACCAGAAUGAAGCUUGUUGCUAUACCGCAUUUUAAAGAAGUGGUGAUUAUGGCGACCAAUUGCGAUGCUUGCGGGCAUAGGUCAAAUGAAGUCAAGUCUGGCGCUGGUAUGGAACCUCAUGGAACGAGACUCACUCUCAGGAUAACAGAUCCUUUGGAUCUCAACAGAGACUUGCUGAAGUCAGAAACGUGUGAAGUAUACAUGCCAUCAUUGGAUUUCCACAUCGCAGCCGGCACACUGGGUGGACGAUUCACGACAUUAGAGGGCCUUUUGUGUAAUAUAAAGGAUCAGCUAAAGUCGCUGAAUCCUUUUGGCUUUGGAGACAGCCCGGCUGAAUUCAGUGCAAAGAUGAAAACAUUCAUCACCAACUUGGACAAGGUAAUUAAUGGCGAGGAAAUGAAUGUUCUGAUCACACUGGAUGACCCGGCUGGAAACAGCUAUAUUCAGAAUUUGUAUGCUCCAGAUCCAGACCCUGAACUGGAAAUCGUUCAUUACCCAAGAACAAAGGAACAAGAAGACGAUCUUGGAAUAUCAGACAUGAAAACAGAAGGAUACGAGGAAGACAAUCAAAGCUGAUAUUGAAGUUCUUACAUUCUAGUUUUUCGAAGAUGAAAAUUUCUCUAUCACAGUAUGACUUCUAUUACAGGAGUUCUGUACUCAAAACUGACCAACCAGUUUACAAGAAACAAGAGAUGAAUGGGCCCUGC